AGGCGGCUGCAUGGCCCAAGUCAGCAUGAAUUGCCUGCAAUUAGAGAUAACCGCCAUCCCAUAAACUUUGUAUACGGUCGCCCGCGGCAGAUGCCCGAGGCCGCAUUCAAAGCCUUCACAGGCUUCACAUUAGAAAGCUAACUGGACAUAUUAGUCUGCGCAAUAACAACAACGGACGGUUGAAUGGCGGACAAGCUCAUACGUGGUUAUCAUGUGACAUUAUACUAUUACGUGGCCGCUAUGACGAACUCGAGAGAAAAUGGACAAAUGACAGAUACUGGGAUGAGUGUUCAAAUCUAACGAUACAAGAAUGGCAUGGCUUCGGGCUAUGGCGUCGACCUUCAUCGCCUUAACGAAAGCUUCCAGAUCGGACAGGAACGCGUUGUGUGUGUUUAUCUUGUCCUGCACUGUUUUUCUGUCAUCGUCGGUAUUUGUGGUUGAUGCCAUCAAAAUAAACAUUGGUGUGGACCGUCACCUACGUGAUGUCGUACGUGAUGAGUUAGCUGCGAUUGGACGGCCCGGAAAUGUAAGACUUUAUGACCUUGAAUAUGGUAGUUCAUCGGAAAUGUACUCCAGAAUUAUUGAAGCCCAUUCCCGUUCCAUUACGCAACGUCUACAUGCUACAAUCGGUCGCUUCGACACCGCAUUGGCGAUGGCAUCAGAGAGACUAGGCAUGGCCUACUUGAUCAUAGACGAGACAUCAAAUCUGGACUAUCCCAACGUCUUCCACAUGGGGCCUAGAAUGGGCGACGUGUCACAAGCGUUCGCUGACGUCAUCAAGUAUUACAAAUGGGAGAAAGUUGGGGUGUUUUACGACAACGAAUUCGGUAUGUCGUUGCUGGAGAAGUUGAUUGGUCUUAGCGACUUUACGGUGAAAGCCUGGAGAAUCUCGGACAAGACGCGUGAGAGGGAAAUACGGGAUUUUCUGAUACAGAUGAGAAAGCUGUGGAUACAGAAAGUUGUUCUCUUUUGUUCGCGUUUGAAAAUCCAAACCGUUGUGCACCUGGCAAGGAACUUCGCCAUGAUGACUCCGCCAUAUGAGUGGACAUUCUAUAACACGGACGGCGAAUACUGGAGUACCUUCUCUAUAUUGGAAGACUUACAAAGUAACGUUACCAUUGUGAGCUUUACUGAACUGGAAAAGGUCACGUCUCGGUCAAGGCCAAUAGCGAGCGUUCUCACAAGGAAAUUGGCACGUGACGCGCUCCAGGCCAUUCUCAUUACAGCAGAUAGGGUAGACAUGUCGGAGUUGUUUCAGCCACAGACUUACCGUGACGGGAAACUGCGAGAGACCAUUCUAACUGAGCUGCCCAGGAUACAGUUAAAUGGGUUGAGUGGUAAUCUACAAUUUGACGACAACGGUUUUCGUACUAACGUCACUUUACAUGUGUCCCGUAUUGCCGAAAACAACUCGGUUACGAUUGGUCAGUGGGCUUCGGACACCCAGUUCAAUGGCAGUAGUUUAGAUUUGCAGAAAUUACCCAAUGGAUCUCUAGAAUUUCCAUUAAAGGGAAUAUUAGCCGACGUGGUCAUGAUACUGGAAGACCCAUUCACGCGCCGGAAAAGGGAUUACGAGGCAAGAUCGGGCAAUGAUAGAUACGAGGGGUUUGCUGUAGACUUGCUAAGAGAAAUCGCUGACAUGUUGGACUUCCGGUAUAAUAUAUACCUCGUGAAUGAUGGGAAAUUUGGCUCCAAAAACGAAAAGACUGGCGAGUGGAAUGGUAUCAUCGGAGAGCUCCUGGCUGGGAACGCCACGAUGUCUGUUGCCCCGCUGAGCAUCAAUUCGGACAGAGAAGAGGCUGUGGACUUUACCAAACCGUUCAUGACCCGUUAUAUCACUGUUCUGCUGAAAACCUCACUUCCGGAGACCUCGUAUUUCGAGUUCUUGUACCCCUUGUCGGUCAGGGUUUGGAUCUGCACCUUCGGGGCCUUCGUCUUGGUCAGUGUCGUGCUCUACCUGCUGGAGAGAAUUGGGAACUCUAAAUACGGCAAAAAGAAACAACACAUGUCCUUGCGUGAAACAUCUUGGUUCAUCUUUGGCUCGUUGCUUCAAGGAAACACUGAUGAUUCCCCAACCACUGUGCCGGGACGGAUUCUUACCAGUUCUUGGUGGUUUUUUGCCCUUAUCCUGAUAUCUUCCUACACGGCAAAUUUAGCAGCAUUCCUCACCGUCAAGAAAAUCAACACGCCAAUAAAGUCCGUGACAGACUUGGCGCAGCAAACAAAAAUAGAUUAUGGGACGGUCAAAGACAGCGGAGUCAUGUCAUUUUUCAAAAACACUAAUGUGGAACAUUUUGCUAAAAUGUGGGCGAAAAUGUCGGAGGUGGAUCCGGACUCGAUGGUGUCGAGCACAGCGGAGGGUUACGCCAAGGUACGUCGGGGGAACUAUGCUUUCUUUUGGGACAGUACAGUAAAUAGACACCGAACCACCAUCGACUGUGAGUAUACUGAGAUUGGUCCGCCAUUUGACGCCAAAGGGUUCGGAAUAGGCGUGCCUCCUGGCGCCACCUACCGGGAAGAACUGUCGAUGGCCAUUCUAAGACUGAGUGAUACGGGCAAACUGUUCGAGAUGGAAAACAAAUACUGGGGAAACAGAGACUGUCCGUCAGAUAACGCUGUGCACGCCGAGGAGACGUCCGAAUUGCAGAUAGAGAACGUGGCUGGUGUCUUCUUUAUCAUUGUCGGAGGGAUUAUUUUGGCGACCAUCAUUGGACUGUGUGAGAAAUUCUUCUCUAUGAUCAGGGGAUCUCUGAAUUCGGAACGUAAAGAGGAAAGUGCGGACGGGUUCACUUGAGACUUCAGAGGAAAGCAGUUCAUAUAACGUGAAAUCCCUCAUCAAGGCAUCAACCAUCUGCGAAAUGAUCGGACUGACACGUGAACACGAGUCUGUUUGAUAACAUGCAAAUCUCGUUCUAAAGCGUCCUGUCGCCUUACAUGAAUUUCACCCGCAUUUCGUCUCGGCUUCACGCCAUUAAGGGUCUCAUUUAUAUGUAUUUUAAUGUACAGUCGAAAAUACUGGGUUUCUUUGCCACAGUGAAGAUGUAUAUAAUUUAUAAACCUUCACAUAUACUACUUAAACUUUUUGUACUAUGGUGUCCUGCAGUAUUAUCUUCACUUGACUGCCACAUCUGUGAUAUAGUCCUUUCUUAAGAUUUGAAUUUGUGUAUGUACGGUAAAUGUUUAUGACACAUAAUGUUUGUUGUUACCUCAAAACAGUAAUUUGCUGUAUAGUGUACCAUACAAGAGAUGGGCCAUACUUCCUAAAACAUGUCAUAAGAGAUAUUUGUAAAUACCGCUGAAGU